AUGAACGCUGAACAGAAGGCUAGAUUAGAGGCAAAUAGAAGACAGGCGUUGGAGCGACUGAAGAAGAGAGGUAUCCUGAACCAAGAACAGGCUAAACGGAUAGAAAGCAGGAAUGAACCCCUAGCAAAAGUGGUCUCAACACCACCACCACUGCCAUCCAGCAUCUCUACCCCUGUUAGCAAUACUGUGGAUAAACCUCAUAAUGCGGCAACCCAGAAUCAAGUUAAUCAAAAUGGGAAACGACCGCUAGACAAUAAGAUAAGACCAAGUGUUAGAAAGGAAGACUACAUCGAAUAUGAUUUUGCCACUAUGAAGAAUCUUCAUGGUGGGUAUAUUAACCCUGAAGAUAGAACUAGUGGUUAUGAUUAUGACUUCGAUGAUGAGUUUGGUAACGAUAUUGGGUCUAAGAAACAGAAGUCUCUGGAUGAUUGGAAAAGGGAACAGCAGGAAAGAAAGGCACUAUAUGAAAAUGCACCACCACCAGAACAUAUAUCAAAGGCUCCAAAAUGUAUUGAAUGUAAUAUUAAUAUUGAAAUGGAUCCAGUGCUGAACGAUGUUUUUAAAUUACAAGUUUGCAAAUCGUGUGCUAAAGAUCAUCCUGAGAAAUAUUCAUUGUUGACUAAGACAGAAUGCAAAGAAGAUUAUUUCCUGACAGAUCCAGAAUUAAAUGAUCCAGAAUUAUUUCAUAGAUUAGAAAAACCAAACCCUCAUUCAGGAACUUUUGCAAGAAUGCAAUUAUUUGUUAGAUGUGAGAUUGAAAAAUUUGCCUGGAAGAAAUGGGGUGGUGAAGAAGGUUUAGAUAAAGAGUGGCAACGUCGUGAAGAAGGGAAAUCUGAAAGAAGGGAAAAGAAAUAUCAAAAACAAAUCAAGGAAAUGAGAAUAAGAACAAGGGCUCAAGAAUACACUGUCAAAUUGAGAGAACGUAAAUAUGGUAAAACACAUGUUCAUCAAUUUAGCGAACCCAUUGAAGGUGGAAAGGAUGAAGAUGGUAACACUAUAUCACGUCGAAGAUGCAUAGAAUGUGGUUUGGAAACGGAGGAGGUAAUGAUUUAA